CAUGAUCAAUCCUACUUUUCUGCUGCCACGACUAAAACAUGGCAGGUCUUCUGGCUACGACAACUGUGAUUUUUUCUCUCAUUUUCGCUGUGUUCUAUCAAUUCUAUCUGAGUCCCACACUGACAACAUUUGGCGUCGGUCGAACUGUUGAACCAUACGAGCAUAAGGGUCGAUGCAAAACCAUUGCUGAGGUAGAAGGAUGUGAAAAAAUAGUGUUGCACCAUACAACUGGACAUGUAUACAUGGCCUGCUCGACACUAAAACAGCGAUUCCAUGCAUUGCAUCCGUCGAAAGAAGCUACCGUGCCAGACUCUGAAACCAGCUACUUUGCGACGUAUAGCCCUGACGAACAUGUUACUCGUCUAUCACUAGAAAACUUUGACAUGUCUCGCACUGUCGUAUUUCACGGGAUGGACGUCGUACCAUCAUCCGCUAUUCCUCAAGAACUCUUUGUAUUUCUCGUGCAUCACCGUCUGCCUCUGGGAGGUCAAGACCCUGCGCGAGUGGGCUACGACUCAUCGAUUGAGAUAUUCAAAACAUCCGUUGGAAGCAAAACCUUGACACACCUGCGAACUGUUGAACAUCCCGUUAUCUAUUCCCCCAACGAUGUUAUUGGUUCCGCGGAUGGCAAGAGCUUUUUCUUCACCAAUGAUCGAGGCGGGCCAAAGACUGGUCUUACACGGGAUUUACACGAGUUCUUGAGGCCGUCUUCAUCUGUUGGCUACUGUCACGUCGAAGAAGGUUGCAAGACAUCAAUAUCCGGAAUGCUCAAUAACAACGGUGUCGUCCAGGCUGACAAUGGAACUAUUUAUGUCUCCAGCACCCUCUCGAGUGGAAUACGCGUGUUGGAGAGGCAGGAAGACAAUACACUUGUUCUAACAGAUGUGAUUCCCUCUGAAACCAUCAUUGAUAAUUUAUCUAUGGAUGAGACUGGAACGGUGUGGGCGGCUGGUAUUCCGAGAGCGCAGGAUGCAUUCAAGGCGAUGAUGAAUCUAUUCACGACCCCGUGUCCUAUCUCGGUUUACAAGUUCUCUAUAAACACUGGGCCGUCUUCGUUCUUCGGUGAGAAAUACAAGGGAGAAAAGGUCCUGGAAGACGAUGGAAGCCUGACUUCUUUCAUUAGUACGGCAGCCUACGACUCUCGACGCGGUCGACUGUUCCUUCAUGGCCUGGGUUCUCCUGGGCUUACCGUACGUGAGAUCUGAGAAAGCCUUUGGGAGAACAAGAGCAUUGCUAAUCAGUCUGCCGUAUUGUAAAGAGGAACCACAGGGGCAUGACCUUCGAACACGAAUAAAUCAUUUCUCAUGACUAACAUCGCCACUCAUGGGAAGGAGAAGGAAGGAGAAGAAGAAGGUCGUUUUCCUGAAACAAAGAUCUCCGAGUCAAUGGCGUCAAAAACAAGAAGAGCGGUAAUUAUAGAUGUCUAUUGUUGGACCUGACCUCAACCCGGUAAUAAGGACUGAAGCACUUACUCUGAAGGAUUUUGAACGGAUUGCAUCAUUCGCAUUGCUAUAGGUUCAUGUGCUAGGGCGGUAGCGAGUCAUCUCCAUAUGAAGGCAGAUCGAUUUAUCUCCAUGGGCAUUG